GUGAAGAUAUAGCUGUGGUUUGAACCAAUUUACAGUUUUAUCUAGCUGGUGUACAGUCUAGUUUACGUUACCUGAAGCGAAGUGUUUAUAUUAUUCACCUGAAGUAUUCUAUCGGAUAGACAGAUAGCAUGAUUUGAAUGAAUUGGAUCUUUUACAUAGCUUAUAUUUUAUGAACGAAACUUAAAGUGAAAACUUGUCAAAUGAAAUUUUAAAAAUACGAGAUAGUUAAAAUUGAUGAAUUUGCAUUUAUUUUGUCAUUUUGAGAUUUUUCAAUGGUAUAAACUUACAAAGGCUUGGAUUGUAAAGCAAAGUUUUGAUUACGGGCGUGUGUUUAUUUAAGAGUGUCUCAUGUUGAAUUUGGAUACAAAUAUUGAGGGCAGGCGGACAAUGUCUCUAUUGGAGCCCAGGCUUAGUGAUUUAAGGUCAGGCUUUGGAGGAUAUAGCUUUAGUAGUGGUGUAAGUUUGCCGACAGUGCCAUUGCUACCGCUAUGGCACCCUCCGCCACCUGGGCCAACUGUAUCUUGGUGCACGAUACCCAACUGCCCUUGUGCACUGUCAAGGUCACACUUUCUUUCGGAACUUUAUGAUUACUCAUCAAGUAAUCCAUAUUUGUGGUCGUCUUGGUACUUAAAAGCAGCUCAAGAUCCAUUGUACAAAGGUGUUCCAUUGCCUCCACCAGCCCCACCUUCCAUUGAUGGACCAUCUGUUCUGACCCCCACACCCGAACAUGUAGACCAUCUUGACAGUCGGUCAUCAUUUGGGAAAGAAUUACCAAGUAAAAUGAGCAUGCAUGAAAGAGUGAAAAAGUGGCUAGAAGUUUCAAAACCACCAAAGUAUGAAAAAGAGCACCACAAGUUGCAUAAACAGAUCAGUUCAGAAUCAGCCAUACAUCGGAAUUCAUCACCUUCACCAGACCACUACAGAAAUGGAGAGCCCCAGCCAUAUAAUCUACACAAUUUCCUGCCGAGUCAUUCAACAAUGCAUUCACCACCAGCUCGCCCACCUCCCUGCUACCCACACUCGCGAGUUGAGCUUCAUUCACCACAUGAAGGGCCUCUCAACCUUACAAUGAAUAGUAGCGGUAAUGGAAACAAUGCCGGUAGUCACAGUCCUACGCAAAGCCGACCCUCCGUGAUCACGUGCACAACACUACCAGAUCGCAGAUAUGAAACAAAUAGCAAUGGUUCAUCAAGUCCCAGUAGAAAAGAAUCUUCAACAGAUAUUUGUGAUCCAGCAAUUGAAGAACAUUUCAGACGUUCACUUGGCAAACACUACCCUGAAUAUCUUACAAAGAAUCCCUCAGUGACACCAUCUCCUCCACCCACAUUGUCUCAGACACUGCCUGUAGCCCCACCCAGACAGUCAUCUCCUGGCGUAACCAUGACAUCCUCUCCACCAGCUGCUAACAAAAAUGUCUCUAUCACAGGUUCUGUAGAUGACCAUUUUGCACGUGCCUUAGGAGGUAGCACAUGGUUGGCACUGAAAUCGAAGAAUGAUCAACCAGAAGUUCCUGCACCUAAUUCUGUAGACGAUCAUUUUGCCAAAGCUUUAGGGGACACUUGGCUACGGUUGAAGGAUAAAAAAGAACAGCCGAGAGGUCCAGGAGCUCACCCAUUUCCUUUGUCUCAUCCUAUACCCCAUCCGCUACCGCAUCCAAUCCCACGUGCACAUUCCUUACCUCAUCCCGUGCCUCAGAGGCCGACAUCACCAUCAUCUCAAUCUCACAGUGGGCCGUUAUUAUCCACAUGACACAUUUAAAAGACGGACAUUUUCUGUGGUCAGUAAUCUACAAUCAGCCAUGUGUUUUGUUCAGUAACAUGGACGUGUUCUUCAUAUAAACAUGUUCAGCAGGGGAAAAAACACAGAAAUUUAGACUCUGUGCAUAUGGAGAGACGAUUGGUGUUAUUUUCCGUAAGGCAGGGCGACUGGACACCGACGAUUGUGUAGUUAAUAAAGCUAAAAUGUGGGCGAGUGCUGGGCUUGCUGUACUUGGAUAGUUCUGAGGGGUUUCUGAUUAUUUCACUGUAAUGCAAUUAGUUUAGAGAAUAUGCAGAUAUGCAAAGAUUAUAUUGUUGCCAUGUAUGGGUCUGUUUUUUAUAUAAUGAACAGUUUUGCCACUUUAUUUUCACAGCAAUAGUUGUUAUUGUACACAAACUUUACUGGAUUUUUAGAACAAGAAAUGUGAUAGUAAUACCGGAUUAUAAUUUUGUAAUAUCAGAGAAAAUGCUGUUGUGUUAUAAAAAAUUAUAAUUUAAUUGGUUUGAAAAAAAAAAUGUAUUUUUGUUGGAUUAAGUUUAUAAAAGGAUAUUUUGUUGAAGACUAUACAGAAGGGCUUUUAACCCUUACCUUGCUGGACAUGAUUAAUUCUGCCUUUGCGACCAGUGUAGAUCAUGAUCUGCACUGUUCACCAUUCAGUCAGUAUCUUUUUGGUAAGCACCCCUUUUAACAGUUAAUGAUACUGUCCAAAUUGAAAGAUGGACAGGUUCAUUAUAGAAAUUUAGCACGGUAAGGGUUAACUUCACUAUAGCUAUAGGCUUUUAUGAGGAUAGUGUGAUCGUUGUAUGUCUGUUCAUCUGUUGCAGUAAAGUUCUUUUACCAGGGGCAGUUUUGGCCAGAAUUUGUUUGAAAUAAAUUGCAAAGUGACCUUUAAAACUGAAGUAGGCUUUGUAAGGUAAAAAGCGCUACUACACUUGGUUAGAUGUAAGGGAAACUGUUUUUAGUCAGACUAUGUUUAUGGUUCAUUAUGUAUUUCUGUCAUGUCCUUUUUAACAAACUGAUCAUUUCCAAGGAAAAAAAGUAGCAGGUCUAACUUUUUUCAGUGUUAUGUAGUAAAGUAUAGUUUGUUAAAACAGAUGUCAAUACAGUUUUUACCUGGAUUUCUUUUUUUAUUACUCUACAGGUAUGUUUUUGCAAUGCACAUGUUUCAAACAUUGUGAAUAAUGGAAACGUCUUAAGUAGUUACAGUUUAUCGGAAAAGAUGGUUUUCUUAGGGCAUCUUCCACAAAAAAUGUGCCUUAAUAUUUUACGUUUUGGUUAGAUUUGCUACAGUAGUAAGGUUGCAUUUUCAUACCAGUAUUUUUACCUGAAGGAUUUCAUUUUUUAUUUCAAGAAGUGUCAAAAGUUCAAGAAGAGUCAAAAUUCAUGACAUAGCAAAUAAUAGCUUUGUGGGGAGGUAUUUGCUGUUUGGAGGUGUUAAUUAACCCUUGCCCUGCUGAAUUUCUAUAAUGAACAUCUUUCAAUUUGGACAGUACCAUUAACUGUUAAAAGUGGUGCUUAUCAAAAAGAUACUGACUGAAUGGCAAACAGUGCAGACCAUGAUCAGACUGCAUGGAUGUGCAAGUUGAUCCUGGUCUGCACUUGUCGCAAAGGCAGAAUCACUUGCCGCCAGCAUGAAAAGUGUUAACAGAAGUUCUACCGUUAUCUCUCAGGUGAGCAUUUUAAAUCCACUAAGUCCUUUUGUUUGUCUAUUUACUUAAGAUUGAGAAAUUUUGUAAAGUUUUUUCUGUAAAUGUACAGAAGUAAAUAAAAUGUACAAAUGCUCA